CAUAAAUACGACCAAACAAGUAUCGGUACAGAUAAACAAGUCAAAAUGAAAUUAUUUAUUUUUCUCCUUUUUAUUAUUGGACAAAAUUUUACUUACAGCAACAAAACCAAAAAUGCAAAACCACGGAUUAUUGGGGGUGAAGUAGCAUUUGCCGGCCAAUUUCCAUACAUUGCUGCCAUUUACAAAAGUACCAACACUGGUACGUUCUUUUGUGGAGGUGCCCUUAUGAACAACCAGUGGAUUUUAACGUCGGGCUAUUGUGUAGAUGGAGCUGUUUUAUUUACGAUUUAUUUAGGAGCACACAAUUUGAAAGCAAACGAUCCAAACGUUCAAAAAUUUGCCACAGACACGUUCGUUUUGCAUCCAAAUUACAACCUUGACACAUUAGAAAAUGAUAUUGGGGUAAUAAAGCUGCGAUUGCCAGUGACAUUUACAGAUUAUAUAAAACCGAUCGAUUUUUUGCCAAGUUAUGACCUUUUGCCCAACAUGGGCGGAAUUAUGAACUUGGGAUGGGGCCAACUUAACGACGAAACGGCUGGAAUCACCGAUGAGCUCCAUUAUGUCUAUUUAAUUCCAAUUUCUAAUGAAGAGUGCCAACUCAGCUUUGGUAGUCAAAUUUUGGACACGAUGGUGUGUGCUGGUGGUAAUUUUAACGAAGGUUUUUGGAAGGGUGAUAGUGGAACGCCCUUGGUACGAUAUAGUAACGGACCUCGAACUACCCAUGUGGGUGUUGCCAGUUUUAUUAGCAAAAAUGGAUGCGAUACGCCUGAGCCAUCGGGUUAUACACGAACAUAUCCGUUUGUAGACUGGAUACGAAAUGUUACCAACAUAGAGUAAAGAAAAUAUUAUGCUGUUACGAAAGAAACACAUGUUGAAAUAAAAGUAUUCAGCCAGUAAA